GGAACCAUCAGUCCACAGUCCAUGCGGCACUCCCCAGAUUUAGAAUCUGACAACAUGCAGACAGCCGUCAACAGUCCCGCCUGCACGGACACCGCAGGGUAUACCGGGCCAUCUAUCCCCCAACGCAAAAGAAUCGUUGUUGCAAUGACAGGCGCCACCGGAGCCCUCAUGGGAAUCAAAGUUCUCAUUGCUCUACGGCGACUGAAUAUCGAAACACACCUGGUCAUGAGUAAAUGGGCAGAGGCGACAGUCAAAUACGAGACAGACUACCACCCAUCAAACGUGAAGGCGUUGGCAGACUACAGCUACAAUGCCAACGAUAUGGCCGCGCCGGUUUCCAGCGGUUCGUUCCGAACAGACGGCAUGAUCGUGGUACCCUGUAGUAUGAAAACACUGGCGGCCAUCCACUGCGGGUUCUGCGACGAUCUGAUCUCCCGAGCCGCCGAUGUAAUGCUCAAGGAAAGGAGGAAACUGGUUCUCGUCGCUCGUGAAACGCCCCUGAGCGAAAUUCAUCUUCGGAAUAUGCUGGAGGUGACGCGAGCCGGGGCGAUUAUCUUUCCGCCUGUACCGGCCUACUAUAUCAAGCCGGCAACGGUGGAGGACUUGGUGGAUCAGAGUGUGGGGAGGGUGUUGGAUUUGUUUGAUCUCGAUACCAAGGAUUUUGAGAGGUGGAAUGGCUGGAAGAAGGCGUGA